UAAGCAAGUUUUCUUUUACGAAAUAAUUAUAUCCAAAGCUUUGCAUAUAAAAUUAAUUUAAAGCACCCAAUUGUCACAUUGCUAAGCAAGCUAGCUAGGAUAAAAUAUUUCUUGGAAGUUCAAUAUGGUAUAAAAUGUUAAUAAGCAGUGAAAGAUCUAGUAUAUUUUAUAAAACCCCUAAAACUUAUACAGUGACCUUGACAAUGAGAAUCCGCUUCGUCAGCAUGAGAGCGAUGACUGACCACGCACACACGAGCAUCUCAACCCGUACAGACAUGAUCCCGACGUGCACAUGCACGCCUCAGUGCACGGCCAUACGAUGCAACGAUUGCACGCUCUAAAAGAUUUAUAGAUAAAUGUAGUUCCCGGUGAAAAUAGAUAAAUGCCAGUGCACAUUUACACGGUGCACAUUUCAAUAGACGCAACCGCUUACGCCGGACAUCGUCCACUUUGAGGGGACACCCUCAGUUUUCUAACAAGAUGCAGUGCCGCGGUAUUAUCCUGUUGUGUUUUUGUGUGCUCUCCGCUUCGGCUGACACCUUUGGAGUCAGCCUGAAGCUUUUGGGCAAGAUGUACGACAACUGUGAGAGUUCACAGGAGAUUGUUAAGUGUUUGAAGAUACAGGUGACCAAGAUGGCGGAUAGGGCGGCGCGGAUGGACACGCUGCCGAUCGUCGACGGCAUCUCCCUUGUGAAGAGGCCUGAAGCCGGCAGAGCUUCGCCUAACGCACUGCCAGAAGAUGAAGACUUAGAAUCACUCCCUUCAGAUAAAAUCGACAAGUACUUACAACUUGCAACCUCAAAGUUGAUGCAAACGCAUCGCGUUUUCAUAUCCCCCAUGGUUGUCGGCGAAGAUGUUGGUCGGUCUCUCAACGAAGCUAGGGGCAAACUGAAGAAAAUGAUGGGUCCUAUCCUCGCUGGUGUCGCAAUCAAAGGUGGAUUUUUAGCAAUGGCGUUCCACGCGAUCGCACUGAUUGCCGGAAAAGCUCUGCUCAUCGGUAAAAUAGCUUUGUUGCUUUCGGCGAUCAUUGGCUUGAAGAAAUUAGUAUCCGGUGGAGAGUCCCAUGAGAAGACAACGUAUGAGAUCGUGAAGCACCCUCAGGUGUCCCAGAGCCACACGUACUCGUCAUCUCAUUACGGCAGCGACUUCGACGCCACCGGCCCUGGAGGUCACUACAGGAGGAGCGUGGAGGACGAGGCGGCUGCCCAGGACAGGGCCUACAAAGCCUAUGCCAAGAAGCAGUAGGUUUUAGAGUAUACAACAGGCUUACGACUCCAUAAUUUACAAAAUUCACAACGACACGGCAUUUUUACUGCACUAUGUUAACUCAAAACAAUGUUUUGGUCCUAUUGCCUCGGCAAGCAGGAAUGUUUAACCAAAAAAUAUUAUUAUGCUUAUUACGACACUCGGUAAUUAAUUAAAAAGUAAUUUAUUUAUUUGUUAGAUUAGUAUUUAUCGGUAUUUAUUCAAUGCAUGAUUACGUUAAAUUAUUUAUUUAUUAUGUAAAUAAGGUAGCGUAUAUGACUUGCAUGUGUGUUUGUAUGUUCAGUACAUUAAUUAUAGGAUUGUAUAAUCUGACGCACCAAAUAAUUAUGCUAAUAAAUGUUUAAUUAUACAAAUAAUGAAAAUGAUAUAAUAAUCGUAAAUUACUUAAUAAUUAGAAUAAGACUUUUAGGCUAG